AUGUAUAAUAAUAUAGGUGGAGUCUGGAUUGCUAAUUGGGGUGAAGGCGGGGAAGAAAACCUUGGUGGAAGUGGAGGUGGUGGAAAAAACCCUGGUGGAAGUGGUGGCUGGAAUGGAGGCAGAGGCGAAGGUUCUGGAGGGAGUGAUGGAGGCGGGGCUGGGCCACAUUGGAUUUGCUCCACCUGCAACUCUCCAAACCCUCAUGGCCGAAUUCAGUGUGUGAUCUCUGUCAAAAAGACCAAGAUACAGAACAAAAUACUCGCUGCUGCUGCUACUGCCUCGGCUACCUCAUCAAUUCUUUCUGAAGAAGAAGAUUGUGAGUCCAAUUCUAGUGAGUCAAAUUAUGAUGAUACUUUUGCCGUGACUCCUGACAGAAACCCAAAUGAUGACACAGAGCCUAUGGACUGCACAGAAAAAGCUUCCCAGGAUACCGGUUACUUGCCGUGUUCAGGAUGGAUGGAGAUUCGGUCACCGAAUGUGGAAAAAAUCGAUGAAAACAUCCUCUAA